CUUACACAGAAAAGCCUGCUGACAAACACUCACGACUCCCUGACUUGGCCUCUGACACGAUGAUAUGCGAGUUGCUGUACAGCUGACGGCUGACUGGCGUCGAAACCGAUCACAUUGCCUCUAGUCCGAGCUCCGCCUCGAGUCGGUCGAGUGGAGCGCCCUCUCUCGCCUCGUCUGAGUGAGCAUGAGGAACUCAACCGCGUUACCAGCUAAGGUAAGUGAGGACGCACAGGAAGAGAAGAGGGGAUCGAUAUGGGCAAUUGAAGCCGCAGUGAGAGGCGGAGAGAGGCAGACAGACAGGGGCACAUUGGUGGCCACAGAAGGGGGCCGGUGGGUCACGAGGGAAGCCAGACAGACAGACAGUCGACCGACAGACCAUCGGUGCGGUGCUCAUUAUUCGCCCUGUUCCUGCCUGCCUGCCUGUCUGGUGUGCCUGUCUGUGUGAAUGUUGCAGGAGCAGCGAGCUCUUCCAGUGUGUAUCCACAGCCCCAUCCCGCCCACAGAGUACCCCAGAUUCGCCCUGUCAGUAUUCACCACAAUCGGUACGGACGCCUUUUGACGGAUUAUAUCAUCAGUCACUUCCAGGCAGUUCUGCUCUCAGUUUCCCAUCUGUGUGUGUGUCUGUGUGUUGGUUGGUGGUGCAGGUGGGAGGAAGUAUCAGGAAGACCGCUUUACUAUCUGCCCGAAUCUUAUCGAGGGAAGGUCAGGCAAUGAUAUGACCGACUAUCAUGAUUUGAUUGAUGCGAUGCCCCUGUGUGUCAUUCAUUUCAUUCGCUGAUUGGUUCCAUCCAUUCUGUGCACAGGGACAAUAGUGCUUUCUUUGGUGUGUUUGACGGCACCGUGGGGGACUUCGCCUCCGAAAACGUCAAAGACCUUGUCAUACCCCAUUUGAUCGCCUCACCCGCAUGGUCUGUCAGCCAGCCAGCGCCCUCACCCCAAUCAACCACCCCAAGCAUACCAUACUCCUCCUUCUGUCUGUCUGUGUCUGUCUGUCUGUCUGUCUGUCUGUGUGUGUGUGUGUGUGGGUGUGUGUGUUUCCAGGGCGUCAUUGGAGCAGCGGUAUCGGUCUUCAUCGUCAGCCCACCAGGCCCACCACCCGCCGCUGAGUGACCACCAGCUGGGCGAGCUGCUGCAGCGGGCCAUGCGCGACAUGUACACACACGCCGACCGCGAGCUCAUCACCAUGUGUGCCACGCACCAGAAGCACUACGCCUCCACCACCUCUGUCACCGUACUCAUCUUUGGUGGACUAUGCUGCGUCGCCCACCUCGUCAGUCACACCUCUAUCCAUUGCACUCACUGCACACACCACGCACAUGCCGUGCCGACGGGCUGGGCUGCAUUCAUUGCAUUAAUCAAUGUGGUUUGUGUGUGCAGGGUGACAGUCGUGCGGCGAUCGGUAUAGAGAAGGGCAGCGGGUAUCAUGCGCAGUUCCUCACACACGACCACAAGCCCGACCAGCCAAACGAGAGGAAACGAAUCGAGGUAGGUGCACGGCACGGCACGGCUCAGCAUUGCUCUGCUCACUCUGUGUGUGUGAUUUCUGAUGUGAUGUGAUGUGUGUCCAAAUGAUAGAGUUCUGGUGGUAGUGUCGAGUAUCUCCACAACCACAACAACAAACCUUUCAUCAGAGGUGAGUGGGUGAGUGACCCAAUGGAAUCAAUGAGUGGGCAGGGCAUUGCCUGCACUGCCUGAAGGCCUUGGAUGGAUGGAUGGAUGGAUGUGUGUGUCUGUCCAUGGAGUAGGUGGCGACUUUACGGUUCGGAAGCAGAAGGGCGAGCAGCCAAUGCAGCUGCAGUACUCGCGGGCCUUCGGGGUACGCAACUGAACACACCACACCACACCACAAUCAGGAUUGAGACAUGGAUACGUACGUCUCACGUGCCGCGCCCCUCCCAUAUAUCCCUCAGGGCAAGGACUUGAAGAACUACGGCCUGAGUUCCGAGCCCGACAUCUCGCUGUUCAAAAUGGAGAAGACUCACAAAUUCAUCAUACUGGUUGGUAUCCAAACCUGAUGCAUGCCACCCCCUCGGCCACACGCCCCCUGUGUCUGUCUGUCUGUCAGGCGUCGGAUGGCCUGUGGGACGUGUUCACCGCCGAGCAGGCCGUGUCGACGGCUGCGUCGGCGGUUCGUCAGGGUCACAGUGCGGCUGAGGCGUUGGUCAACGCGGCUCUGAGCGAGCAGCAGUCGCGGCAGGCCAACGCCGACAACAUCACAGCCAUCGUCGUCUGCAUGAAAUGAAGACCAUACCUCCCUGGAUGACAACAUUAGAUGAUGUAUAGGUACGUAGGGAGGGAGGGAGGGAGGGACGCACCGCACCGCACGCGACCCGACAAGCAAACAUGCCUAACUCUCUCUCCUCUCUGUGUCUGUGUGUGUGUGUGUUGGUUGCAGGCAGCGUGUGUGUGUGCGUGCGUGUGUGUACGUUUGCUUCAUCGUUCCACCUACAUUGCUUGCUUGCUUGCUUGCUGGGUGCUCGUCUCGUUGCCUGCCUGUGGUCUGAUUGGAUGGAUGUGUGUGUUUGUGUUUUCUUUUGGCUGGCCUGGCCUGGCUGGGUGUGUUUGGCACAGCUUCCCUACCAGUUUAGCUGCCUGCCUGCCUGCAGUGAUUGAUAUUAUUAUGAUGUGAGUGAGUGCUGUAUAUGCCGGGCUCUCUGCCUGUCUGUCUGUCCGCCUGUCUGCCUGCCUGCCUGCCUGUGUCCAUGCAUCCCUCCCGCCUUCGCCCCUCCCUCCCUCCCACCCUCCCUCCCCCCUCCCAUUGAUGCGGCCAGCCACCACACACAAAGAGAAGGAAGCCCCCCUUCUCUGCCUGCCUCUCUCUCCCUAUUAGCUGUAGAGUUGUUUCUCUCCCUGUCUGUCUGCCUGGCUGGCUGGCCGUGUGUGUGUAGAUGGUGUAGAGAAGAGUACAACGUACGGGCGUACAGAGUGCACAGAGGGUCGGGCAGGGUGGCGUAGUAGAUGCCAGCAACAAGGCAAGCAAGAGACGUAGCUAUCUGCCUGCCUGGCUGGCUGGCUGGCUGGCUGUGGCUGACUGGUUGCGGGGGCGUGGUGUGCAUCGGAUGGAUGGAUGGAUGGCUGUGGAUGGCUGUGGGGGGGUGGAUGUUUGUUUUCCUCAGUGCUUUUAACGUGACGUGGCCUGUCUGCCUGUCUGCCUGCCUUGCCUGCCUUGCCUGCCUUGUCUGCCUUGUCUGUCUGACUGCAUAGCGUGCCGGCGUGGCCGUCCGUCCAUACUCAUUGAUUGUGUACAGCUCGCUUAGCUUAGCUUGCCGACACAUACCACUCUCACACACAUGCGUUGCGUUGCGUUGCGUUGCGUUCAUCCCGUCAUUGGCCCUUUAUUCAUUCAGCCAUCCAUCCGUCCGUCCACACACCGUACCUACCUACCUACCGCACACGACACGCGACCCACCGAUUUGUAUGAUAAUCAUCAUAUCCUUAUUGUAGAGCCCUAAUUCAAUCCAUCCAUGCCAUCUAUCUAUGGUAGCUGCCGUCUUCUAGUCGCAUCUUUCUCUCUAUCUUAUCUUUAACUAAACAACAUGCUGUCUGUGUAGCUAGCUACAUGUGUGGUGCGUGUGGCGUGCGUGCACUGCAUCAAGUCGGUACCAUUACGGGUGUGGUGUGGCGGGAGAAGCGUGAGGUACCAUUAUAGGGGGGCUGGUAUCACUACUGAUGGAUGGAUGGUUGGAUGGUACCACUAUUACCCGUACGCCGCAUGUCGUGCGGUGCGGCCCACUAUCUCACUCACUCUGACUGACUAUCUCACUGUCUGUCUCACUAUCUGGGUGCUUUCUUUCCUUGGUCGCCGCCGCUAGUGCUGCCGUUGGUCGAUGAGUGGGUGGAUCGGCCCAUCGAUGGAUGGAUGGAUGGAUGCUAUGACGUACCUUUGCAUACCUACAACCACACGUCACAUGGCGCUGAGGAGAGAGAGGGGGAGAGAAGGAAGGCAGACAGGCAGGCAGGCGGAGAAGAGGAGAAAGACACAGGAUUUUCGAUGGAUGGAUGGAUGGACGAGGCGGAGGGAUGGCUGGCGUGGCGUGGCGUGCAAGUUGCAAGCGUGGGUGCGGUGCCUGGCCUGCAUGGCGUGGCCGCUUUCAUGUGUGUAAGACUAGGCCUCAGCGAGUAGACAUUAAAGAGAGAAGAGCUCUCUUGACAGACAGACAGACAGACAGACAGACACAGAGAUAGACAGACGGACCAUGCAGCGAGCCAAUGAAUCGAUUGAUUGAUGGCAUUGAACUCGAAAAAAAAAUCUCGCUUCAGCCAGGCCGCAAGAAAGCGCGUGAAAGCCAAUACGGAAAAAGCUAAGAGAAGCUGUAAAACAGGUCGUGAAAGCGCCGAGCUUCUCACACCUCUGUAGACGAUCAUGCAUUUCAUACACCGCACCGAUGCCUCUCAUGGGCUAUCAUACCCGUUAUGGUGCCUCCAUCUUUGACUAGCCUUCGUAGCCGGGUGCAGGCAGCCGCGCCAAGGCAGGGUAGGGUGAGAUACGUGUGGGGUGCGCAAGCUGUCGAUGCUAUUCGUGCAUCAUUGGCGACUGACCCUGCUCACAUUCAUCUGCGCUCAGCACAU